AUGAAAAGCGAACAUAGCGUUCUGCACGUAAUCGAAAACGCGACUCCGUCGUCCAUGACGAUCACUGAAAUUGCGGAGAAAAGCAUUCACGACGAGGAGAUCGUCGAUGCAAUGUCGUGCCUGCAGGACGAAUCGUGGAACACUUCAUCAUCAAACAGUCUGUUCCCGUUCAGACAUGAACUCUCACUUAUUGGAUCUAUUAUAUUACGAGGAACCCGCAUAGUUAUUCCAUCGGCGUUAAGACAGGCGACUCUAACGUUGGCACAUGAGGGCCAUCCAGGAGAGUCGGCUAUGAAGCGACGAUUGCGGUCCAAGGUAUGGUGGCCACAAAUAGAUCGAGACGCGGAGAAGUUCGUCAAAUCAUGCAGAGAUUGCAUAAUGGUAUCGCAAGCAUUAAACCCCACGGCUAUGAAACGAACCACAUUUCCAGAAGGACCAUGGAUUUUUGUAGCUACAGAUCUAUUGGGACCACUACCUAACAACGAACACAUCUUGGUCCUCAUCGACUAUUUCGAGCUGAAAACGGACAACGAAAGGCAAUACAUUAGUACAGAAUUUAAGGAAUACUGCAAGCAAUGCGAAAUAGAGCAAGUAAAAUCACCACCCUACUGGCCUCAAGCCAAUGGGGAAGUAGAGAAUAUGAAAAGCUCGUUAGUGAAAAGGCUCAAAAUUGCAUAUACAAACAAAAAUAACUUCAAGGAAGAAAUUCAAUCAUUCGCCAUGAUGUAUAAUGUCACUCCCCAUGGAACCACAGGAUCUGCACCAACGGAAUUAAUGUAUAAUCGAAUAAUAAGGGACAAGAUUCCGGGUAUUCAAGAUUUAAUGAGAGAAUACAGUGAUUCAACAGAAAGAGAUCGUGAUUUGGCAAAAAACAGAAAGGAAGAGAAGGAGGAGACAAGGGGAGAGGAGCCAAAGAAAUCAAUGUGGAAGUGGGAGACAAGCGCAGGUGGCGUUCUGCAGCCUUCCAUUUUCAGGACACCUGAUGAAUCGACGACUGAGACGACAUCGACACCCGGAGGACUGAAGCUGAAGCUCGUCAAUAAGGGAGGGAUUUUAGUCUAA